GGGAUGAAGUGAACCGGCUCGAGCGUAGUGUAUUAUCACCUAGCGAACCUCGAGUUUGACGUGAGGUAAUCAGCUAAAGAACAAACAGGCUUCUUCUUAAACAAACCCGCCAUGUCACUACUGGUUUGUCUCUCUCAUCAUGUAUCGAAACCAGGAUGAUGUUAGCUAGUAGUUCGGAUGACUAUAUAAUAUUAAGGGGUCCGUGGCACAUAGCGACUAAAGAAAUUGGAGUUAAGGUCAUAGGCAAGUAAAAGACCUAAACCAAAAAGAUCCAAACAAGACCAUUGUGGCAUACAAUCGAGUAAACAACAUUGGAAAUGGCAAAUAGAACAAAGGGUGAUAAAGAGAAGCUAAGCUUCGGUAUAGAAAUGGAAUUUUUCCUAGCAUGGCGCGCCGAGAGCUUUACCGGUACGGUACCAGCGCCCCCAGGUGUUCAGGUAAACCCUGGAGCUCCUUUAGUUGUCAGGGGGAGGUGGGAGAAUGCAGGUGACAGGGUAGGCGCCCUAGCUCUUAUAAUAGACGAGGCUUUCCCAUCACCAGAAGGAGCAGUUGCGCCAUUGGAUAAGAAUGCAAUUAACUAUGGCGACAGAGAGUGGACUCAUCUCCAAGGGUAUCGACGCUGGAGUGUAGUGGAUGACGUUUCGUUGAGAGCACUGCCUAAGGAGCUGGCAGAUAGAAGCGAUAAAGAUUUCGGAUGGAUCGGCGCCGAAAUCGUUUCGCCAGCUCUGUGGGCUACCAACGAAGGGUUCGACGAAGUCCGUAGAAUGUGCGACUUUCUCCAGAGACACUUUUGGAUAUUUAAUUCUCAUCAGGCCGGGCUUCACGUACACGUGGGUAAUGGGAAUGAAUGGCUCCCCUUGAACUCGCUUAGACAGAUUGCUGCUCUUCUCUACGCAGCAGACCCGAUCUUAGCUCAGUCACAUCCUAAACAUCGAUACGAAAAUGCAUAUUGUACGAGUCCACGUCUAUAUUCUAAUGUUUCCUUCGGGUUAGUAAAUCCUGUUCGUGAACCGGUUCAACCUGCCCCUCCCACCGAGGUAGCACAAGUCGAGAGGCCAUCUAGAUAUGCGCAAGUCAUAACGCGCGUACAGAACCUUUUUCAACACUUUAAGAGUCAUCCUGAGCCUUCCAAGGAUGACAAAGUUACUAAGAAGGUUCGAUUUCCCACUCGUCCAGCUACGGGUGCCUACAAUCUCGAUCAGGACACCGUGCAAGGUGCAUUGUGGGAUCUCGGCGGAGACUACCAAGGCCCUCACAACGCCCAAAGUUACGAGCCUGUUCCGCUGAUUACUGCCGUCGGCGAAAUCCUCAGGUCAGCGGAUAGGCAUUCCAUUGCGAGAAUGAUGGGUAUUGGCCUGAGGAGAGGCGCAUACAGCUUUGCGCAGCUCGAAAGAGAGACAAAAAGAACGAUUGAGUUCCGCCAGGCCGCCAGCACGGUUGACCCGAUUGAAGUUGUCACCCAUGCAAGAAUUGCCGUAGGUCUUUGCCGGUUUGCUGCAAGCGCCAGCCAUAAUGCCCUCAUGCAGGUAAUCCUUGACUGCGAAAUGGCAGAGGGAAAUCCCUCGUGGUUCGACGUUUACGAUUUCCUUUCGGAGGUAGGUCUCACACCUGAAGCUAAAAUCGUUCAAGCAGUUCUAUCAGGGACCCUCACUGAUGACAUGAGAAAAGAAUACUGGUUGAGCCGGAAUCAUGUGCCAAGGCUAUAGUAGCCCCAUACAGUCAUCUUUCUCUAAUGUUAUGGCACCAGGCAGAUUUUAUCCCACUCAAUAUAAAUUUUCAAGAAUCUCACAGUUAACCUAAGUGCCAGUGAGACUAACGACUGUUUCUUGAAGCAACGUUAGAUAGUUUAAUUUAAGCUAACCCAGCUUCAUCCAUAUUCCUGAUAAAGAGGCUAUACCAUUGCACACCUUUAAUAUGCGCAAAUAUGCUAAGCUUCUCAUCAACUGUAUGUACUCCAUCAAAUCCUUCCUGCUCAGGAUCCCACCCAGGGCCGUAACGGAAGAUGUGCUUUGUUAAGUCCCAGUAAUACCUAGUGUCGGUAUUUCCAGCCAUAAUUCCUGGCGAGACAAGAAGCUUUUCACCGUAGAGAGCCCUGGUAGUACCUGAAAGCACCGAAUACGGCGUUACCCCAUCAACAGCCGUUGGGGUUACUGGUGCAGGUUCUAGCGUGUCCGCCUUCGAAUUAAGCUUAAGGGUGAUUGACCGGGGCGUUUCCGGUUCAUCUUUAAAUGCGUGAACCGUGAGGUUAUGCUUA